AUGCCGCCCAGAAACGGCCCUUCGAGCAGUAACCGAACGCGCCCCAUAACGAGCUUCUUCAAACCGAGCCCCCAGAAGGCGCAGCCUACACCACCGCCGCCGUCGUCCCCAUCUCGCGGCGAUUCGCCAUGCCCCGCCAACGACACCCUUGCAGCGGGAAGGGCGUCACGGUCUAGCCCGACGAGCCUCCGCGCGCCCUCCUCGCCACUGCAGCUGCCUUCCUCGCCGCUAGGCACACCGUCGCGCAGCAUCCGCAGACCUGUAGCCCGAGAUGCCGUAGUCGCCGCGUCGGACGAAGACGACAGCGAAGGCGGCUUCUCCGACUCGGAUGACGACCUGGAGGACCUGAUGGCGAAGUUCGACCCCAACAGGCUGAAGAAGAGCACGACGCCGCCUCUCGCGGCGGCGAGGAAGAACGUGCCGGGCCCGGGCCCGGGCCCUCUCGAGACGCCCAGGGCCAAGCGCACAGACACGGCCAUCCACUGCAGCAUGCUCUCGUCGCCUCUGACGCUCAACCCCAAGCGUACCCAUCAGUUUGACAUGGGCGCUCUUAUCGAGGACGCCAUGCAAGACGACGCGACGCAUGCCAGUUCCCUGAAGAACAGGUUGGCCGUGGAAGCCGCUGCUAAAGCUGCCGCCACUGCUUCCGCCGCCGCCACGUCCUCACGAGACGCGGUCCUCCUCGGCAUCGUCCGAGACGGCGAUGACGGCCUGGACGCGCAAAAGGUCCUCCGGGCCGUGCAGAGGACAUCGCACGGUCAGUCGCCAAAGCUACGGUACUGCUUCUUCGCAGCGGACUACGCGCCCCCGCCGCCGCCGCCGUUGCCGCCGAUGCCGCCGAUGCAGGAUCAGGGGCAGAAACAGGUCGGGGCGGCGUGGGCGCCUCUGACGCAUGCCAACCCCCGUGUGAGGGAGCAGUAUCUUGCCUCUGGCCUGCCACAGACCAUGGUUGACAGGAUGGGAGGGGCCUUCCUGCCCGCAGCGCUGUUUGACUGGAUCCUCGACGACUUGUGCGUGCAGAAGUCCAGGCUUGUCCAGCAGGAGUAUGUCAGUCUGCUGAGCUGCUGCCAGGAGCAUGCGCGGGUCAGGCUCACUCCCCAGCGUCUGCGGCGGCUGUUUGCCAGGCUUGGUGCUCGCGGCGAUGGCGAUGACGUCGAGAUGUCGGACGAGGGAGAGGAGGGAGGGGGGCCGUCGCCGCUGCCACUGUCGAACCCCCCACAGGAUCCGUAUCUGGAUAGGGACUGGUCGUGUGUGCGCUCGGUUAUCGAGCUGCUGGGCCUUUUGUCCUGCGACCUGUCGCCCGAGUCUGUCGCGUUUGCCACCAGGACGCUGCUCCGCAUGUCGGUGGAUAGGUUUCUGAUAUGCUCCCCCGAGGUCCUGCCCGAGUAUGAGUACAGCAUACAGCUACUCGUGGAGGCAUUGCCGCCUUCUUCGUGGGAUUCCUUUUGCGCCGAGACGAUCAAGAUGAUGUACGCCAACUUCACUGCCCAGUCCAUCCGUAUAAACGCCCUCCUCUGUCUCCCCAUCAGCAAUCGGCGUACCCACGAGCUCCGCAGACGGUUAGCGGUAUCAUUCUUCUUCGACGACCCGACCCUAGGAGGCCACCACCCAGACACAGUCGUCAGCGUGCGCCGCGUGAUUGACCGUCUAGCCAUCGGAGACGUCUUCGCCGUGACCUCCAAGACGGACUUUGACGAGCUGCGGGCCGGCAUCCUGCUCCUCAACAUGGCCGUCGACGACGGGUCUCUCGAGGCAGCCUCGGCCACCGCUGACGGCAGAUGGGAUCCUGAUGACGAGCGACGCUUCAAUGCCGAGGUGGACGAGCUGGCCACCAUGCUGCGCGAGAUUUGGAGGAAGAUCAAUGACGCAGGCAUGAAGCUGUCGCGCACGGAGGCCAAGAGCGUCAUCGAGUGGGUGCAGCAGCGCAUCUCGCACUCGGUGCGGACGAGGAAGAAGGUCAGGAAGAGCGUAUUCGACUCGGUCAGCCGACCCGAACGUGAUCCUUUCCUACCGCGGCAGCAGAAUUAUAUGCGCAAGUUCCUCGACAGGCCCGUGUCAAAACGCGUCGCAAGUUGA